AGAAUGGCAGGCUGUGUGUGUGUCACACACAAAAGUAGACAUUCAUAACAGCAAGAGGAAGAGAAGCUAAAAGCUGCUGACAAACACAUUAUGAUGAUACUUUGUGAUGUGGAUUUAAAGGCCUCUGGAUUAUCAAAUCACUGGAUUGUAAAGCACAGGACAGAGCCUGGAGAUCAUGGAACCUGUGAGCACUGUGUCAGCACAGGUUAACCAAUCGCAGCACAGCAACUCCUCACUGGCCUCUGAUUUGUCAGCGAGCUCGUCGGAGUACAGUGACCCUGAGCUUGUGCUGCUGGGUGCUGCAAUGGCCAUUCUGGUUCUGGCCAUAGUUUUUGGUAACGUCCUGGUGAUUACCGCCAUCCUGCGGUUCCAACGACUCCAAACAGUCACCAACCUCUUCAUCGCCUCUCUGGCUGUCGCUGACCUCAUCAUGGGCAUGGUUGUGGUGCCCUUUGGCUCCAGCUACAUCCUGCUGGAGCGUUGGCAGUUUGGAAACUUCAUGUGUGAGUUCUGGACGGCCACUGAUGUGCUGUGUGUGACAGCCAGUAUAGAAACACUGUGUGUGAUUGCUCUGGACCGCUACCUCGCCAUCACCUCACCACUCCGAUACCCAAUGCUGCUCACCAGGGGUCGUGCCUUGGCCGUGAUCCUCGGAGUUUGGGCAGUGGCUUCCCUCAUCUCUUUCCUGCCCAUUCAUCUGAAGCUGUGGGUGUCACGUGAGGAUGAAGCUAAGCGGUGCUUGGCCGAUAUGUACUGCUGCGACUUCAACACCAAUGCGGCAUAUGCUGUGUCCUCCUCCAUUGUGUCCUUCUACCUGCCACUGGUGGUAAUGAUUUUCUUGUACAGCCGGGUUUUCCAGGAGGCGCAGAAACAGCUGGAGAAGAUCAGAGGCAGGGAGAGGCAUUUUUAUAACUUGCAUUACACUGCACAGCUGGCUUAUCCCAAUGAUAGCCCUACAAUGAAUAAACUCAGGGUAGAAACUGAGGUGGGAGAACAAGCAGGACAGGACAGACUAAACAUGCAGAAAAUGGGAGUAAGGACAGAAAAGGGGGAAGGAAAACACUCCACUACAAAGCGUCUAAAGUUUUGUCUUAAGGAGCACAAGGCUGUAAAAACUCUGGGGAUUAUCAUGGGAACAUUCACACUGUGUUGGCUGCCCUUCUUCAUACUCAACAUCCUCAUGUCCUUCCUCAACUUGGGUGACAUUAAGCUGCUCUUCAGACUCCUCAACUGGCUGGGAUACUCCAACUCAGCUUUCAACCCGCUCAUCUACUGCAGCAGCCCUGACUUCAGACACGCCUUUCAGGAAAUACUCUGUCUGAGGAGCAAAGUGGGAGGCUGGGGAGGGAGGAGAGGAUGGGGAUGGUGCAGAGAGAGAGAUUGUUACUCCAAGUCCCCAGGUAGGACGAAUGGGGACUCAGACCUGAGUGGUGUCAGGGGGGUGGACAAUCAGCAGACGUCAGCAUGGGAGGGCCGUCAGGAGAGCUCUAUCCGAGACAGCCCGCUCACUCUGGCUCUUCCAACGUCUCACUGUGAGCAGGUUUUAGAAGUAGCUCCAGGUUCUCUGACAAACUGGCGGGCCAACAGUUCUGCCAAUGGGAGCUUUAAGGAAAAUAUGGCUUCUACUGCUUGACCAAAUAGGAUGUCAGAAUUCACACUGUGCAGUAAACACUAGUUUGAUGGAGCUUAUAUUGGUUGUGUCUUUUCGGUCAUUUUGAGGCUGCAGCUCAGUGCGGUUAGAAAAUACCCCAUUAAGUGUGCUUCAGUCAAUGUUACUUUUACUUGUGUUCAUUGUUCCUCUUUGCUGCUCCAGAUCACAACUACGACAGCGGCUACACAAGUAAACAAUGUUUAGCAGGAUUCUUUAAAAGAGGCCUGACUUAAACCUUUAAGUGAAUAUUCAAGGCAUCGCAACACAAUGUAUUGAGGCACCAAAAAGCUGAAUCGCAUUCACAACGAUUCAGUGCAAAAGUUUGCAAAAUGUAUCGCCUCAAAAAUUAUGAUAAACACACAACAAGAAAAGCUGCAUUCACAGAGUGAAACCAAACAGUAGGAGCUUCAUCAAACUGGUAUAACAGGUUUAUUAUUGGAAGGUGUUUCUGUUAUUUUGUCAACCCUUUGUUUAUAGAAAAUGGACAGCAGACAGGCGAUGUCAUAAUGGACUCCAUAUGAAUUGCUACUGAAAUACAGGACAAAUAAGAGUAAAUUAUUUAAGGAUAAGUGUGCUGUUCCCUUUAUCACAGUAAAGAAGAGAAAAGGCUUUAAUGACCGCUGGACAAUAAAAUACCCCAAAAAAACAGGAAUCAAAAUAUCUUGCAGGCUCAUGCAUUCCAAAAUGCUCCUUUACUGAAAGCUGCUCAUUUUUAUGGAGUGAUACCUGUGAUGUCGUUGCACCAACUGCUUAUCAUCAUGGUAGAACAUUCAGAAGGCAGAGAGCAACACCUGGAAGGAUAGCAGCUGUGAAUGUGUCUCAGUUUAUUGCUAAAAAAAAAAAAAAGAGUUGGAGCAGUAGCCUUUUGUUUUUAACACUGCAUACGGUAUUUUAUACCAGGGCCUGAUUGGUCAGUUUGGAUGACUGGGAUUCACAUGAAAACAUGCGUUCUGCAUUUUCUUAAAGCCUAAAUAAGCAUCAAUCAAAGUUAAACAAUACAUUAGUUACUAAGAGUCAAUAACUCAGCUGAUCUGCUCCAUUAAGACUGUGUGGGUGUGAUUUGAUCGCAGAAAUCUCUCAUGUUAAAUCAUGAAAACUCGAACUUUGGCAGAAAAUUGUGUGUUCUUGUAUGAUCCCAUCAUCCACAGUAAGAACCUGACGGAGAAAAAUAAGUUUUCAGGGCCUUUUGAGGUGAAUUUGAAUAAACAUUUAGAUAUAAUCCCGCUGCAGUUGUUAGGUAUUUAUUAAUUAAGACCUGCCUGUGGCCAAGCUGCAACACAAGGCAGGAAGCACAAGCAGGAAUUCAGCACCACAUUUACAGGGCUAAUAACUCUGUCUGCCAAGAAUACAAGUGCAAGUCGCAGAUCCAAACAAAGCCUCCACAAAGCAGAGAUAAAAAAAAACAUUUUGUCUGCCCUGUGGCUAAAAGUCUUAUUUGAAAGAGAGGGUCACAUUUGAGGAUCACUUGUAAUAACCGACCUCAGACUAUCAGACUAUCUCCCUGUUAUUCAUUCCUUCCUAAUAAACCUCAUAGCUGGUGCAAAACCAUUUGUGUAUCAGACCUGAGACCCAAACUUGUGACUACUGCUCUUUCUCUCUCUACUGCUUGUUCCUUUCAUCACAUAUUUGCUGGCUCUAUUUUCUCUGUGUCUCUCUCCAAACAUUUCUAUCUAUCAACUCGUAACCGUUAUCCUGUCGGCUUUACUUCUUUUAUAGUAAGGACAUUGUAAUCUGUCAGACGGAGCUGGGGAGAUCACCAAUUCAUGCAGUGAAAAUCUGUUCCCAUAACAUUGUGCUGCUGCACUCUGUAAAACCAUAGCAAUCAAACAACACAUAUUUUAAGUGCUUACCUUUAACAUUACUCAGAAACUUGGUUGAAGGGAAGAUCAAUAUCAUUAUUUUGCAAAUUCAUCCUAAAUACUGUGUAAAGACUCCCUACAUCAGAUCACAUUAUACUCCAAAUUACAUUUGGGAAAUACCCUCCCCAGCCCAGCCUCUACAUGUAUAGCUAAUUAUUUAAUUAGAGUAAUAAAAAAUAAAAAAACCUGAGGGUCAAUAAUUGGCAAUGGUGUACUGUAAAAAUGAUCUACACGUGUCUGCUUGCAUGUAUGAUUUGUGUACUUGUGAUUAUUGUGUACUUGUUAUUAUUGUGAUUAUUGAUUAUGUGUGCAUUUUAAAAAAAACUUGAAACAUGCCACUGAAUAUUUGUAAUGUACUGAAGCGUGAGUGAGAUUAGGAUUAACCAAAAAGUCAGAAAAGACAGUAGUUUAGUUUUCUCUUUGAAAUCCAAUUGAAUUUUCAAAUUCAACAGAAUUUGAAAUUAAAAAAAAAAAAAAGAACAACUGAGUUUCAAAUGCUUUCCGACGGUUGUCUGAAUUUGCUGUCAUGUGUAAUAAUUGAAUUUAUCCGAGCAAGAGUUGAGCCAAGAGCUGUUUUAUUGUGCUUUUUGUAUCACAUCUGUCUUCAUCAGAUUACACACGUCGAGCAGCACUGAAACACUGAGUCUACACUUAUGGUAUUAGUGUGUCUGUCUUGGGAAACUUAGCCACAUCUGAAAUGUGCUUUGUUGAAACUGAAGUUUAGCUUGUCAGUAAAGGAACGGGAUUCUUUUCUACCUCCAUCAGAGUCACAUGAAUGUCAUCUCAUCUCUGUAAAUAUUUAUUCGAACGCUGUUGUACAUGUGUGUGUGUGUGUAAAAGGACGAAAUUUUGAAAUUGUAUCGUUUUGAAAGUGUUGCUAAGCUAUGCCUGUGUGUGUGUGUGUGUGUGUGUGUGUGUGUGUGUGUGUGUGUGUGUGUGUGUGUGUGUGUGUGAUCAACAUAGUCAGGUCGAAGUUAAAAUGUGCCAAACAUGACUGCAGACAAAUAAGGUGAAAAAUCAGCUUAACAUCUAAUAAGACUGUUCACAGCUUCCUUUCUAACAAACGGCCUGGAGCUAUUUGGCCAAACAAGUCAGGCUCACUUAGCCGUCUAUACAAGUCAACCAAAUAUGUGUAGCUUACAACCUUCUUUGGGAUUUGUUGCGGUUGUUGUUUGGUUACAAAUUGCUUUUGAAAAAGAGCAGUGCGGGAACAGAUUCUUAGACUGAUUGCUACUCUAAUCCUUCCUUUUAACGGGGCCGGCUGCUGCAUAACAACGUUCCCAUCUUAGCAUUGGCGCGCGCUGACAAUCGAUAAUGGAAACAGCGGUUUUGUCAUGUAGCCAGCUGGGCUAAAAAAUCAUUCUGACAGAGAAGGAGCUGCACGCUGUUGCCCAAACCCAGCAUUCAUCAAACAAUCUAAUCAAAAAGCCGGCCAUAGUUUCUCCCAAGGUGUAUCAUAAAAAUUUCCAUAACCCUGGAAACUUUGAAAAAACUUCAAGAGGCUCUUUGUCAACAAAUAAGAUGAGAAUGGAAAUGUGAUUCACAUCGCACUGCAGCUUUAACCUUUUUAACUAAGCCCACUGGACAGACGCCUUUUGUGCUUAUCCAGUCAUCCAAGUCACUCUUGAAGACUCGGCUCGUCUGUUUGCAUUCGAGUUUACGCCUGUGAGCGUGUGUUUGUGUGUUUGUGUGUGUGAGGCAUGACGUACAGUGACAGGUGCAGGCGGUCACAGCAGCUACAGUAUCAGCUGCUGCAGGGGAAAUACAAUCAGCUAUACUGCCUCAAUACACACUCACACACAUACACAUGCACAGCAAGGCACUGUGUGUGUGUGUGUGUGUGUGUGUGUGUGUGUGUGUGUGUGUGUGUGUGUGUGUGUGUGUGUGUGUGUGUGUGUGGGUGUGUGUGUGUGUGUGUGUGUGUGUGUGUGUGUGUGUGUGUGUGUGUGUGUGUGUGACCUGUUUCCAAGGAACAACUUUCCACUUUAGGUAUGUUAAAGUUAAUGUAUGCCCUUAUGUUGUGUGUCCUGUAUACCAACUGUAUGUACUAGUGUCCUGGGUAUUGUGUUCAUUUUCAUUUGUGUUUGUUUUUUAUUAAUAAAAUGUGCAAUACGAUUGUCCUCAAAAUGUUCGCAAGUUUUGUGGAUCGCCUUUUGUCAACUCAACACCAAGACGUUUUACAAGUCUGUAUCCACACACCUACCUGACACACAGUACGUGCGUCACUGCAGCAAGAUGAGAACAUCAGA